CACAAGUUGACCCACAAGCCACGUGAAUUUGACGAGCCCCACCGUCCGAUCCGCUCUAUGCGCUUUGCUUUGGUUUUCUUUCUUCAUUCUGUAAACUAUUAUCCCCACCCCUUGGAUUAUGCUCAUCCUCACCGUCCGUCUCCCUCCCUUUCCUUCUUCGUUCUUUGAUUUGAAAAUGUACCCGUCAUCAAUCCCUAUUCUAUUCUUUUAGUUUUUCUUUCUUUCUUUUUUAACCAACUCUCCCUCUCUCUUACCUUCUCUAUUAUGUCUGAGUUGGUCGCCCGUACCGGUCGCCAUCAGCAACGUUACGACCAGGGCUUUCGUCUUGUUGCCGGGUGUAUCCCAUUUAGAUAUAGAAAUGCUGAGCGUGGCAAUGAUGAUUCCGAGAAGAUUGUUGAGGUGCUUAUGAUUAGCUCCGCCAGUGGACCCGGUCUCUUGUUUCCAAAGGGAGGCUGGGAGAAUGAUGAAACGGUUCAGCAGGCUGCAGAGAGGGAAGCUGUUGAAGAAGCUGGAGUUCGAGGGCAACUAAUGGACUUACUUGGGGAUUAUCACUUUCGGAGUAAAACACACCAAGAUGAAUAUAGCCCAGAAGGUUUAUGUAAAGCUGCAAUGUUUGCUUUGCUUGUGACAGAGGAGCUCAAGUCGUGGCCUGAGCAAAGCACUCGGAUGAGAAGUUGGCUUUCUAUUCCUGUAGCGGUUGAGAGCUGCCGGCAUCCAUGGAUGAGAGAAGCCCUUGAGGAUGGGUUCUGCAAGUGGCAUGCAGAUAAGAUGAAGAAUGUGAAAGGAUGACUGUGAUAAGAUAUCAAGUAAAAAUGGAUAUCAUCAUGAUAAGAAUUAAUUUGCAAGUGUGCAUAGUAGGUGCAUUAUGACUAGCAUUUGUCUAAACCUUUAGGCAGUUUUCUUUAAUUGAUUGGUCAUCAGUAACAAAAGAGUUGCAAUGGCAUUGUUGUUGAGGAUGGUACAGUUUGUGUUUUUUGAUUUUUUUCUCAUGUUUCUGGGUUAUCCUCCGGUUGAGGAAGUAACUUACAGGGCUAUUAUUCAAUAUUUAUCAUAUUUGUUUCUAGCAUUGUAAGUG